AUGGAGAUGGUGUCUUCAGCAGGGGAAGGCCGAGACAUUGAAGUCAGCCGCAACUUGACAGUGAAAGAAAAGUAUCUGCUGGAGAACCACUGGUACCAGCAGUGGAAAGCAUACGUGGAAUCCGGAGACCAGAACUCCAGCUCUUACCCUGGUCGAAUCAACAAUGCCGAACUCUUUGAAGAUCUGGAGUCGUACCGGUUGAAGGACAGGCUGGUGGAAUACGAGGAAUACAUUCUGGUGCCGGAGGAGGUGUGGGACAACCUGGUGAGCUGGUACGGCAUUGAGCACGAGCAGCCACCCAUUGAACACAACGUCCUUAAGGAAGCCCGGCGCCUCUUUUCGAUCCCGCCCGAGGAGGAGACGAGGCUGUGGGUGAAAAACGCAGACGGGUCUUGCGAGAGGCUGCGGAACUUGCAGACGACGGUGCUGGACGCUUGCCUCAGUUCAGGGCAGAUGGUGAUAAUGGAGUCCAGGAGCAAAGAUGGAACCUGGCCCAGCUCCAGGCCACAUAUCAUGAAGAACUCGGUGGAGGACGAAGAACUGUACCAGGGCCAGCCGGGGGUCUGCGGCCUCACCAACCUAGGCAACACCUGCUUCAUGAACUCUGCCUUGCAGUGUCUGAGCAACGUGCCCUCUCUCACGGAGUACUUCCUGAAGAACGGCUACCUGGAGGAGCUCAACUUCACAAACCCCCUGGGAAUGAAGGGGGAAAUCGCGGAAGCCUACGCUGACCUCAUUAAGCAGCAGUGGUCUGGCCACCACCGCUCCAUUGUGCCUCGCAUGUUCAAGACCAAAGUGGGUCACUUCGCCUCCCAGUUCCUUGGCUACCAGCAGCACGACUCUCAGGAGCUUCUCUCCUUUCUGCUCGACGGGCUGCACGAGGACCUGAACCGCGUCAAGAAGAAGGAGUACAUCGAGCUUAAGGAUGCUGCCGGGCGGCCGGAUGAGGAAGUCGCAGAGGAGGCGUGGCGGAACCACAAGCGCCGCAACGACUCCAUCAUCGUCGACAUCUUCCAUGGGCUCUUCAAGUCGACCCUGGUGUGCCCCGAGUGUGGGAAAGUUUCCGUGACCUUCGACCCCUUCUGCUACCUCAGCGUCCCUCUGCCCGUCAGCAAGGAGCGGGUCAUGGAGAUCUUCUUUGUCUACAUGGAUCCCAGCAAGAAACCGGAGCAGCACAGAUUGAUUGUCCCAAAGGCCGGGAAAGUGCUCGACCUCUGCCGCACCUUGUCCAAGCACACAGGCGUGCCAUCCGAGCAGAUGAUGGUGGCGGACGUGUUCAGUCACCGCUUCUACAAGAUCUAUCAGAUGGAAGAAUCCCUGAGCUGCAUCCUGGACCGGGACGAUAUUUUCGUCCGCUAUGUGACUCGACCAGAUUCUGAGGAAGAGGAGGAGGAGGAAGAUCAGAGCGAGGAAGAGGACCUGUACAGCAAGAGGCCCAAUGGGUUGAGCGAAGGUGAGGAGGAGGAGGAGGAAGAAGAAGAGGAGGAGGAGACAACGACGACAGCGGAAGGCUCCACCAGCCAGGAACCCGGCUCGGAAACAGAGGAAAACCCCUCCGACGCAUCCAUAGGGGAGGAAGGAGCCAGUGUGGAGGGGAGGUCCCCGCACCGGCCAGCCCAGCCUGCCCGGGCCCCCUCUUCCAGCCCCAGCCCCCCGACGGCCAACCAGCCCAAGCGCAAGUGUCGCCUGCCGCAGCGGCGGAAACUGCUCUUCACCCUCCAGGCGGUCAACUCGAACGGUACCAGUGACCGGAUGGCCAGUCAGGACGAGGGCAGCGCCGUCUCCUUCAACUGCCAACCGUACGUUGCCAUAGACUGGGAUUCGGAGAUGAAGAAGCGCUACUACAACGAGGUGGAAGCGGAGGGCUACGUCAAACACGACUGCAUGGGCUACACGCUGAAGAAGAACCCCGUCAGACUGCAGGAGUGCAUCGAGCUGUUCACCACGGUGGAGACGCUGGAGGAGGAAAACCCCUGGUAUUGCCCCACCUGCAAAAAGCACCAGCUGGCCACCAAGAAGUUGGACUUGUGGUCGCUGCCGGAGACCCUGAUCAUUCACCUCAAGCGCUUCUCCUACACCAAGUUCUCCCGGGAAAAGCUCGACACCCUCGUGGAAUUCCCCAUCCGGGACCUCGAUUUCUCUGACUUCGUUAUCAAGCCACGGAAAGAAACUGAUCACACGGUGUACAAGUACGACCUUAUCGCCGUGUCUAACCACUACGGUGGUCUCCGAGAUGGGCACUACACUACAUUUGCCCGGAACAAAGACAGCGGGACGUGGUUCUACUUCGACGACAGCAACGUCUCCGUGGUUUCCAAGGCCCAGAUCGAGUCCAAAGCCGCCUACGUCCUCUUCUAUCAACGUCAGGACAAAGUUCGUCACCCGGCUCCCUCUCCCACGGCCACAAGCACUGCCGGUGCCCGAGAGCAGGAGGACUGCGAGGCCAGCUGCGCUUCCCUUCCCGGCCAGACCACCAGCCGAGACUUCAUGGACGUGGACUGACCCUCACCCGGCUCCCCCCUCCCCUCUUCCUCGCAGCCGGGGACGCGGGGGGAGGCAAGAGCCGCGCACCUUCCUUUCCUCAGAAACUGACACUGGCAGCUGUGUUCUCCCCCAAGGGCAGCGGCUAAUCUCUCUCAGGCCUUGGAACGGGGUGCUUCGGGUGGGGCCGGAGCAGACCCGCCCCCCCCUGCUGUUCCCGUGUGCAUUGCACAUAGUUUCUCUUGCUCUGAAGGGCGGUGGAGGCGGGGGAUCUUUGUCCCACCCACCCACCCCUCACAGGGGCAAUGUGUUGCACCAGCAUUUUGUAAGAUAAAGGGGGUGUGGCCGGGAGGGGCUUUCUCGGUUCCUCCGUCUCCGAAGCGUGGAGCCUUUCUCCGGGCUAGGGCUUCCCGACGGAGGGGGGACUGUCAACACAGAUCGUUCUU